AUGGAUCUCUUGCCCGACGGGGCCUUCGUGCGGCUGGAGAGCCGCGUGACAGGCAAGUACGUCCACGCCGACGAGGACUGGGAGAGGGUCUCCCUGCGCCCGAACGGACCCGUCCCAUCCCUGAACGCGGUGUGGCGGGUGGAGCACUGGGUCUCGCCGGACCAGGGGAACACCUUCGUCCUCCUCCAGAACGCCGCCUACGGCCGCUACCUCUCGUUCUCGAUGCGGAAGGCGCAGACCGGCCACCGUGGCCGCCGCACCACCCAGAUGGACCGCAGCGAGCCCAACGUGCUGCAGAACCUCAACGCCUACCCGUGGAUGUGGACGGUCGAGAGGCUGAACCCCCCCGACCAGGACUACGUCAGCCUGCGCUACCUCACCUGCUACCUCCGCGCCAACGGCAGGUACCUCGCCUGGAACAUCCGCGUCACCGCCGACGUCGAUCCAGACGCCCCCAGGGUCACCACCAUGAUGCACUGGACGGUCCACCAAGUCGCAGCGAGCCCGGUACCGCAACCCCUUCCGCUUACACUUGAGGAUCAGGGAGCCCCCGGUGGCCUGUUGUUUCCGCAUCCGCCGCGGACGAUCCGGCACGUGCGGGCGAGCGAUGAAGGGGAGUUUGACCAGAACCAUCACAACUGGCCCUCAUUCGCUUUCUACGACAGCUCCGUGACCAACCUGAGGUACGAGCUGGUGCAACUUCAGCACGACUUGAAGUGGAACGAGGACAUGUCCGCCUACACGCUGUGCAUGCUGCCCGGCUCGCAUGGGCGGCUAAUGCCGCUGGUCACCGACGACCUGCCUAGCAGCUUAGAUUCCAUGAACAUCGUCGUCUUCAGGACCGAAUCACCAGGUGACUACUCUGCAAUUUUCUCAGCAGCCUGUACAGCACUUGUUAUCUGCUUGUGCUCUCACAGUUUCAGCAUGUGCUGCGGCAUUAGUGUAUCCCCAGAUAGAUGCACCAGCACAGUAGAGGAGUACGAGAGCGGAACUUCUGACAACGUUGAAAUUCAUCUCUUCGGCAACCAAAAGCAUUUAAGCACUGCUGCCCCUGAUACUGUGACAUGA